AUGCCGAAGGCCUCUAAAAAAUGUUCCGAAGGUCGAACGCGACGAAGCUUCAAUGAAUUAGAGAAGCAGUUCCUAAUGAAUCUUGUGCAAAAGGAAAAGAGUAUUCUGGACUUGAAAGAAAAUACGAACAAAGUUACAAGCAGAAAAAACCAGGCGUGGGAUAGGAUUGUCAAAAAGUUCAAUGAGCAGCCAUCAAUAAAGAAAGGGGAAACAGAGUGCAGUGCCACACAGCUGAAGAAGGUCCUUGAGAACUUGAAAGCGAAGGCUAAAAAAGACGUCGCCCAGGAGAAGAAAACUCGCCACCAGACAGGAGGGGGGCCCGUGGAGAAAGACACUGUCGCCGAUGAUCUGUCGCAUAUGGUUGCAUCAUAUUGUAGUGAAGUGCUGAAACCAUUGGAUAACAGCUUUGACAAUGACACCGACUAUCAUAAUGUACCAGAAACAAUAAAGAAGCAUACAGCUGCUGGAAAACCGCCGACCAACGAGUCUGAUGCAGAGAAUCCAUCAGCCAGGAGUGACGAUGAAGUAAGCCAGCCCACUACAUCGAUGAUCAGUACACUUAGUACACCUGCUACAUCCUCCAAACAGCAAACCAAAGUGGCUCCCAAAAGCCCUGCCCACGGCCCUGCUAUGACUGCUGCUCUGGAAAUGCAGAGGAAGGAGCAUGCUCUGCAAAUGAAAUAUCUGGAGGAGAAGAUUCAAUUUCAACGGGAAGAACAUGACAAGCGCAUGGAACUGUUCAGGCAUCAGAUGAAUUUAUUGGCAAAUGCCAACAAACAAGUGGCACAAUCAUCAGAGCAGGAAACAGCAAACAACACCGCUGAUUACCAACUUUUUAGUAUUUAUGGUGAGCUUAACUGA